UUGGGGUGGUUGCAUAAUAAAAGCAAAACAUUAAGUGUCGAUCCUCAUAAUAACUUUCUCUGUCCUCAAACUCCAAACCUAUACUCCUCCCUUGGUCGGUUGGUCCUCCUCCUCACUCCUCAGUCCUCCCUCAUUCUCUUUCUCUUUAAAGCCUAUCAACAAAAGCAGCGUUUUGUAGUUGUAUCGGCGCCACCUCUGCCGACCACCUCCUCUCGGCUGCUGCUAUUUUCAGGGAUCAAAACCACAAUGCAAAAUUCAAUCGUAUGUCCACCUGAAGUUACAAUUAAACCACCGCCAUGGGAUACUUGGUGUGCUGAUCCUCGUGUGUCGGGGACACCUUUGUUCGAGUUGGUCUCACUCAGAGUGAGCAAACACACGUUUGAAGACCCGCAUCUAGAAAUAUUUGGGAGUAUCAUACUCAUUGACGAGCAUGGAAAUGAGUUCUUGCUCUUUCGUCGAAUGCGAAACGAAGCAAAAACAGUUUUUAUUCACAACUCAACUGAUGAUGAUGAUGAUACAACCUCUGUCCUCCUCCACAACUUUGAUAUUAAAGGUCCACGUUGUUUGCCGAGCAAAUUUUGUUUAAAAUUUAAUAUCAAAGAUAAGCUUCGUGAUAUUGCAAUAAUUCAAGAUUCCAUGUUUAUAGAUUGCACUCGAAGAAUUAUGUAUGACAAAUUGCAAUCAUGUUGCUUGGACACUCCUUUUCUCUCUGUUUUGGUAGACUAUGCAGUAUAUGGGUGUGCACUAAUUGCUAGUGUUGCAAUUGUGGUUGAUAGGAAGAGGGAUGAGAUUGAUAACACUGUUUUAUCUGCUGGUGUUUCUGUUUCCGUUUCUGGUAUCUUAAGUGCUACUGCUUUGACGAGUGAUAUGGCAAUGAUCAAGCAUGUGUUAUUUGACGGGUCACAAAAACUUGUUUUGGGAGCUUUGAAUACGUUGUCCACGUUUUCUGUUCCAAGUUAUUCAUUGCUAGAAUGUCAAGUAAAUCUCGAUGUUGAAGGUGAAAAAUUUAUUGCUACUUUGAAGUUUUUACCCGAUGCCUGGUUUAACAUACCUUUCGAGCAAGAGAUUUGCGGAGAAACAUCUCGCAUUCGAGUUAUUGUGUACUGGACACGUGCUCAAAGAGUCCUUCCUGACUAUCCUGUAUCUGAAUACCUUGAUGACUCUAUAGGAAUGUCCGAGAACACACCAAGAAGGAGACACCUUAACAAAGGCGAGGACAUUUACAUUCAACCAUACCUUAGAGACUUGGGCAAUCAGGAAUGGUUUGUAUCUGAUUAUCCCAUUGCAUGUAUGGAGAUUUUCUCGAUCGUUAUUUGUCCUUUUGGUAAUGAUGGUGGUCUGUCGAGACUUAGAGGAGAAAUCAAGGCUUCAGAUAAUAUGGAUGCUUCAGAUAACAUGAAGACAAAUAUUGUUAUUUUCGAUUCUUCCUGGGGAUUUGACACUUUUGAUAGACAUGAAACUUUGAAGCUCAGAGGUCCUACUCGUUGUUAUAGCGGCGAUUGUUUCUGGAUAUACCUUGACCUCAAGGACGAAGAGGGACGUGAAAUCAAAGGUGGGGUGUCUUAUGAUUUCCACAGUGUUGAUAUGUUUUACAAUAGUUCACGGAUGCUAUUCCUCAUUUUCAUGCAAGAUUCUACCUACAUCUAGUUUAAGAUUUCCCAUAACACAACGUUACAACGUGAAAUUGACAGUAAUAUGUCAAUUUACGUUGGCUCGGUAGGGAAAGACGUCAUACUCAGUGUUUUAUAUACCCUUUAGUUGGCUGAACUUUAGAACAAGAAUCUGCAUUUCUGGUAUGAGUCAACAAUUAGCUGAGGCUGCUCGAUUCACUUACCUCGCUCACAAAUUAUGUUUCUUAAAUAUAAUUUUUCUUUAAAUUUUCCCCGGAAAAAUGAAAAUAACAAGUUUUAUAUGUGUACGUUAGUUUUAAGUUGUAUCUCAUGUUUUGUCAACCACACAUAAUAAAUACAAAUAUAUUUUAUUCAAUAAAAAUAUUUUUCAAUUAUUAA